GUGAUUUAUUUCCAAAAUCUCGCGCUUUUCAUCAUUCGAUUUAGGCCAACACUUCUCCGGCCGGCUCUCGAUUUCGUUCCUGGUUCUCUCUCUGGGGUUUUGAUCUCGAGUUGGGGAGAAGAUGACGAUUGAAUCGGCGCCAGGGAGCUCGGAAUCGCUAGGUCCGAAGAGGAGCGUGUCUUAUUUUAGCAAUCGAUACGUUCUCGGGCUCACAAUCACGGCUGGGAUCGGGGGAUUGCUCUUUGGCUAUGAUACAGGUGUUAUAUCCGGAGCUCUUCUUUACAUCAAAGAUGAUUUUGAGGUUGUCAGCCAGAAUAGUUUCUUGCAGGAAACAAUUGUUAGCAUGGCUUUAGUAGGAGCAAUGAUUGGAGCAGCAGGAGGUGGUUUAAUAAAUGACGCUUAUGGACGGAAGCGAGCCACUAUCCUUGCCGAUGUGGUUUUCACAGUAGGAUCUCUUGUGAUGUCUGCUGCACCAGAUCCUUAUGUUCUUAUAUUUGGAAGGUUCUUGGUAGGUCUUGGCAUCGGUGUAGCUUCUGUCACUGCUCCUGUGUAUAUUGCAGAAGUAUCUCCAUCUGAAAUCAGGGGAGGGCUGGUUGGCACAAAUGUACUCAUGAUCACAGGAGGACAGUUCCUGUCAUACCUUGUAAAUCUUGCUUUUACGGAGGUAAGAGGGACAUGGCGCUGGAUGCUUGGAGUUGCGGCAUUGCCAGCCAUUCUACAGUUUUUAUUGAUGCUCUUGCUGCCUGAAUCUCCCCGUUGGCUUUAUAUGAAGAAUGAGAAAGCCAAAGCCAUUGAAGUUCUUGCCAAAAUAUAUGAUCCUGUUCGUUUAGAGGAGGAGAAAGAUUUGCUCUCUGUUGCUUCAGUUGAUCAUCUUGAAUUUGAAAGUUCUGUCAGUUACUCUGAUGUUUUCAAAUCCAAGGAAAUUAGACUUGCCUUUUUUACAGGAGCAGGACUUCAGUUGUUUCAGCAAUUCACAGGGAUCAACACAGUGAUGUACUACAGUCCCACAAUUGUGCAGAUGGCUGGCUUCUCUUCUAACCAGUUAGCGCUUCUCUUAUCAUUGAUUGUUGCAGCAAUGAAUGCUGCCGGGACUAUUGUUGGGAUCUACCUCAUCGACCGAUGUGGCAGACGCCGUUUAGCACUCACCAGCCUACUAGGUGUUAUAGUCUCCCUUUUCAUACUAUCUGGUGCAUUCCUUUUGCAGUCAUCUGGUGCAAGUUCUGGCAUUUGUAGUUCAUUCACCACCCAAGGUUCCUGUGGUGGAACAAACCUUGGGUGGUUUGCAGUGUUGGGUCUAGUUCUCUACAUUGCUUUUUUCUCACCGGGAAUGGGUCCUGUUCCAUGGGCUGUGAACUCUGAGAUCUAUCCCGAAGCUUAUCGUGGGGUAUGUGGAGGUAUGUCAGCCACUGUAAACUGGUUAUCAAACCUGAUUGUGGCACAAACAUUUCUCUCCGUUGUUGCAUUGGUUGGCACUGCAGGAACCUUUUUGAUCCUAGCAGGCAUUGCCAUUGUAGCAUUCGCUUUCGUCAUCUUCUUUGUGCCAGAGACCAAGGGACUAAGUUUCGAGCAAGUCGAAAGACUGUGGAAGGAUAUGGCAUGGGGAACUGGAGACAGCCAGCAAAGCCUUCUUUCCGACGAACCCAAUCCAUAGUUGUACUGCAUCUCUCUGUAUAUUCAUAUAUGCAUUUAAUUAUGUGCUAGUUAUGCAUGUCUGAAAAACAACCAUUAGCUUCAGACUUGUAAAUGUAUAUCUGCAAGCAUAUGAGCAUAGUGAAAGCUCUCUUAUAUAUAUCUUUGUAUUAGAUUGGAUUUUUGUUUGUAUUGAUAAGAUAUUCUCUACUGCAAAGUUAUUGUUAUACUGAA